AUGAAGCUGCGGCGGGCGUACCGCGAGUACCUGGCCGAGUUCUUCGGAACGUUCAUUCUGAUCAUGUUUGGCGACGGAGUGGUGGCGACCGUAACAUUCAACAAGGGCAACGCACAAUCCUCCUACAUCAACGUGACGUUUGGGUGGGGGAUCGGGCUGGCAAUGGCGCUGUACUGCUGCAUGGGGAUUUCGGGCGGGCACCUGAACCCGGCGGUGUCGUUCGCGAACGCCGUGUUUGGCAAGUUCCCGUGGCGCAAGGUCCCCGGAUACAUCUUUGCGCAGAUCUUCGGGGCGUUCGUGGCGGCUGCGACGCUGUAUGGCAUCUUCCAUGACCAGUUCGAUGUGUUUGAUGGCGGCAACCGCCAGCUGAUGGGCCCGACUGGAACCGGCGGCAUCUUCUGCACGUAUGCGAAGCCCGGCAACGGCAAGUUCUUCUCGGUGUUCUCGGAGGUUGUCAACACUGGCCUGCUGCUGUUUCCGGCCAAGAACCACCUGCCGAUUGCCGUUGGUCUGCUGGUGUUUGCCAUUGGUACCUGUACCGGCUGGGUCACUGGCUAUGCAAUCAACCCGGCGCGUGAUCUGGGUCCCCGCAUCUUCUCGACCAUUCUGUACGGCAGUGAGCCCUUCACCUACGGCGGCCACUACUUCUGGGUUCCCACAUUCAUGCCCUUUAUUGGCGCGUGCCUGGGCAUUGCCUUCUACCAGUUCUUCAUCAUCCCCGAGGGCGACGAGGAGAAGGAGAAGAAGGAAGACUAA